AUGGAGCUGGAGAUCAAGGACGGGAUUUGCCAGCUGGUGCUGCGAUUGCACCGCCUCUAUCAACACAUGAACGCCACGCCUCUACGUUCGGAAGUGUGGGUGAUAAGCGUAAGGCUUGAAGGAGGAAGUGGUGAUCAUGGUAAUAACAGUAAGAUGGAGAUCAAAGAGAUCAAGAGAGAAGCUCUGAUGACUAGCAGUAGUAGUGACCGUGGCCAUAAACAUAAGAAAUUCGAUUGGGAGAAGAGUUUAAGAAGAUCGUCAUCGUCAUCACCACCAACUGCGUCAACUGCUGGAUACUCUGCGACGAUUGCUGGUUCGGGGCAACGUUCAAGUAGAGGGCUCCGCCGUGGGAAUCUUGAUCGUGAUGAUGACGUCGUCAAGGUGAAGAAAUCCGGCUGGAAAUAUUGA